GGCCCCGGCCGGCGGCCGCCGUUCCCGACUGCUCCGCAGUGCUGCUGCUGUCCUUCUGCUGCGCCAGGAUUGGAAACUUUCCUACAUGGGGAAGAAGCCGGGCAAGGCCGGCCCUUCCUCGGCAUCCAGGCCCAUGAACCAGGCCAUGUCACUCCGCGAGGAGACCUCCGGGAAGGCGCAGGCCGACGUGCCCUCCCUGCUGAGGGUCCAGCACCUGCAGCGGCUGGCGGCAUGGGCGAGCGGGGAGGCGGGAGUUGACUCGAUCGGGGCGCUGCUGGGCCACCGCCUCGCCAUGAACGCCGAGGCGUCCAGGAUUCCCAUUGAAGCCUCCACCUUCCUUUGCCAGAGGUGUGAAUCAAUCUUACAGCCAGGUUUCAACUGCACAAUCCGCAUAAAGAACAACAAAAAGAAAGCAAAGCGGCGCAAGAAGUCAAAUCCUGGCCAAAACAGUGUUGUCUAUGCAUGUCAUUUCUGUGGAGACCAAAACCUGAUACGGGGUAGUGGAAAGGGUAUCGUGAAGGGCCUGUUAUCAUCAAGAAAGCCUGUUAGCACAAUGUUGAAAGGAGAAAAUAUGAACGUGCCAACAGUAACUACUAAAAAGGGGAUCGAGCAUUCUGUAACAGCAGCCUCACAACUGGAAUCAUCCAGGUUGAAAAUAUCCACUCCUGAAGAUUAUAGAAUGGAGAAAGGGGCAGUUUUCUCAAUGGUGGAUCGUGGUCAGUUAGCGGCUGCACACGAAGACAUCCUGCAGAAAAUCGAAGUAGAAAGCGCACAUGAUAAAUGUGUGAAUGGGAUUGAGUCCGUGGCUUCUAAAAAUACUACAACAUGUGAACCCAAUGUCACUUCUCAAGCAGAAUUUCUAGCUGGGUCAAACUUUGUUACUCCUCUGAAGAGCAAACUGGCGGAAGUGGCUGCGCCUAUAGGUUCAGCAGAACCAUUGAAGACUAGAAGUACACUGAACAAUAAAGCGAAGAAUUGUGGUUCAGUUGCUGCCAAGGCCCCUGGAAGUUAUAGCAAGUCAGCAUCGAAUAAAAAGUCUGCACCAGGUGAUUCUACUCAGCCAGCUGGCAGUUCAAGGAAGCGGGCAAGAAAAGGGUGGACUACACUGAAGCAGAUUGCUGAGAAGGACGAACUUGAGAGAAAAGAGAAGAUGGAUAACUUUGUAAUCCCGUUCUUCAUGCAGUAGAAUGUCUUUUACUGUUGGCCCCUGUUGUAAACGUUCGGCUGGGAGAACUGUUACAUUUUUAGUGGUAUUUUUUAGUUUUGUACUUCUGCACCAAUCAUGUCGUCAGUAGUAUGAAAGAAAUAUAAAGUUACCAAGAAA